AUGUUAUCCCUCUUCGGCUUCGGCCCCCUAAUCUACGUCUCAGUCCUGCUCCUCAACGCCAUCGCCGUCCUCUCCGAAGACCGCUUCCUCGCCCGCAUCGGCUGGGGCCGCGCCCACCUCCAGCAAUCCGAGCCCUCUUUCGGCCAAAGCGCGAACGAUCCGGAUAGUCUGAAGAGUCGCGCGGUGAAUUUGAUCAGUAGUAUACGGAUGGUGGCGCGGGUGCCGUUGAUUGCGGUGAACGUGGUGUUGAUAUUGUAUGAGUGUGUUAGAAGAAAUGGCUACAACAUGAUCUUCACGAGGGCGCUCUACGGCGUUGACGUUGCGCUGAGAAGCAAUAUCUGCAAUAUCAGCGGCAUGAUCCUUAAAGGUAUCAUCCAGAGCGAGCUCAGGUCAGACCCAGACUCAUCAGUAGUGGGUUAA